AUGCUGCUUAGAAACAGAUCAAGAGUUGUAACCAAACAAACUCUGAUGGGUGAACAAUCACCACCAACUCAAAACUUCACUACUACAAUCCCAUCUCUAUUUGGUUCAUCAAACUAUAGAGAUUUUCAUUUCACUUCCAAAAGAAUUGAAUCUUUGAUAAGUCCGACAUCGAUUCUCGACACAACAAAAGCUUUAACUCGGUUUGAGAAUCCUUUCUCAGUUAACAAUAGGAACAACAACAAAGUUUGUAGCUCAAGUGAGAAACUAAAUUCAAACAUCAUAGGACUUGGUCUUGUUGGUGUUCUGAAAGAUGAACCGUUUCAUCAAAAUUCUGAAAAACUAACAAAAAAAGUUUUGUUUGGAACUGAUCAGCUUAGAGUGAAAAUUCCUUCUCUACCAACUUCCACGUUUGAGUCAAAAAGUGAUUUUUGUUGCAAAAUGAAUGAUUCUUCUCAAAAGGGUGUUCUUAGUUUGAGUGAAAUGGAGGUUUAUGAAGAAUACACAUGUGUGAUAUCUCAUGGUGCAAAUCCAAAAACAACACAUAUAUUUGAUAAUUGUGUUGUGGGAAGUUACUCUUCUGUCCCUAAUAGUCCUCACUCUUUUUCACUCAAUUUUCUUAGCUUUUGUUACACUUGCAAAACUCAUCUUCAGCAUACAAAAGACAUCUUCAUUUACAAAGGAGAAAAAGCUUUUUGCAGUCAAGAAUGUCGUAACCAAGAAAUGAUGUUAGAUGAAGAAGAAAAUUAA